UUAAGCAUACAAGAAUAAGAGUAUUACUAGUAGAAGAUCAAUUUCCGAUAUUGCGAUAUGUUAUACAAGAAAAGGUGACAGAAGUUACCUUCAUUAAGUUUUAAUUGAGCAGUAAUUUUGUAAUUGUUUUUUUAAAGUUGCUUACGGAAUACAUCGUUUACUUUUAAUUUGAAAUAAUGUGCAGGUGGGGAUGUACGACAACUAAUACGACCUAUAUGUGUAAAUGGUGCGGUACUCGGUAUUGCCGGGAAUGUCUGAGAGGGGAUUUCCUGGGAUUGAUGCCUGAGCCCACACACUGUCGAAUAUGCAAUCAGAAAAGAUGUCAGGGAAACAGAAUAGAAUAUGUUCCGAGAUCAAAGGACGAAGUUGAUCCGAAGACCCAAAAGUCCAAGAGUGCUGCAGGCAUGCGCACAAGAAGCGCUGCAGCUUCCGCUAAAUCCUCGAGAUCGGUGAAAAGUGCACGAGGAAAGUCGGGAAAGAAAUCUGGCAAGAAGAAGAAAAAGUGAAAAAAUAAGAUUAAUAUGACAAACGAUCAAUGUGAUUGUUUUAAGUAAAACUAUAUGUCUGUGUGCGUGUGUGUACGUUGUAGUUACUUAGCCUGAAAUGUUCGGUAGCGAUGCCUUUAAAUAGGCCAAAUACCAUAAACACUGUUAAUAACACUAAUUUGAAAACAUACUGAUUUGAAUUAAAUGUUAAUAGUGAUAGUUUAGUUCAGCUGCAUACACUGCAAACGGAGAGUCAAAUCGCAAACGCCUACGGUCGUUCACGUUAACAUACUGUUUAGCUUUGUAUUCCUGCUGCAUCGCAGCGCAUACACUGUUAUUAAGCGCACAUUACAACUGUUAUACGUAAAUAUUUUUCUGCAAAUCGCAGUACAAUUUACGAUCGCAAUGGUAUUGUUUAAUAUCUUCUCAAUUAUUAUGAUUAUUAUUAUUAUUAUUAUUAUUAGUAGUAGUAGUAGUAGUAGUAGUAGUAGUAGUUGUAGUAUUUGUCAGUAUAUAGACGUUUAACGUGUUUAAAUAUGCUAGUUAGUUCAUUAUAAACAAUAACGUGGA